UAGAGGAAGUAUUUGCUUCUCAAAUAACAUUUAAAUAACACAUGUAUAAAGUUUUUAUAUGUCAAACUGUUGAUAAUUUGGAAAAACCCUUAUAACUAAUAAUCAACCAAACGUGUAUGGAUAUACUUUAUUUCCCGAUUAAACUAUAAUUAAAGUCAAGCUAAUUAAAUAGUCCUCAGGUACAUCGCGAUCGCCCCGCCCAGCCGGCUCAACGAGGUACCGCCGUCUCCGACGGUUGCUGCCAUAGGAAGGAAGCCAACCUAUAAGGGAAGAAAACAUGAACAAGUUGAUGAUAGCCGGAAAUGACGUGCCUUAAGGACAACCAUCAAUCAUAUUGUAAGAAGAAGAAGAUGAGCAAGUCAAGUUUGUAAUUAAGGAUUCAAAGAAAACCUUCACCCAAUCCCUCACGUGUCCCUCAAAAUUGUCCAAAGUAUAUUAUCCCGCCAACCACAAUAUAGCGUAUAUAUAUAAUCACAUUUCCCUCCUCCAAAUAAUCUUGUUACUGAAAAAACCAUUUUACAAGGUAUUAUUAGAAAUAAAAAGUGAUGGAAUUCGAACCGACGCAACCGUUAGCGGAGAGGGUAAUCCGAGCACUCCGCCACCGCAUCCGGUUGCUCCACCGGUGCGACUCCACUUUCUUCGUCUUGGGCGCCACCGGAAACGUAUACGCCGUCAACUUAUCUUCCACUCCGUCGUGCACAUGCCCUGACCGGACAAAGCCCUGUAAACAUAUCCUCUUCGUCUUCAUCCGCGUCCUCGGCGUUCCCCUCGACGAUUCCUGCCUCUGGCGGCGGACUUUACGGCCGUGCCAGCUCAACCGCCUCCUUUCCUUGCCGGCGUCGGCGGAUACGCUCGCCGGAUCCAACGUGCGUGAGAUGUUCCAUCAGUUGUUCUUCCGGGAAGGGCGGCCCGGCGGGUCGGCCGGAGAAGUGGAGGUGGGAGAGGGGGCUACUUGUCCGGUUUGUCUGGAGGAAAUGGGGAAAUUAGGGGAGAAGAUUGUUGCUUGUGGGACUUGCCGGAAUCCGAUACACCAUGAGUGCUUGAUGGCUUGGAAGAAGAGCAGCAGGAGGAGGUCGGCGAGUUGUGUGCUGUGCCGGGCGCGGUGGCGGAAUCCGGCAGCGGAGCAAGACAAGUACUUGAAUUUGUCUGCUUACAUUAGUGAGGAGGAUGACAUGGUUGAUCAGGAUCAACCCCGUUGCAGAUGAUUAAAUACGUAAUAGUACUAUCUUUUAUUUGUACUUGAUUAAAAAAAUAUCUUUGUUUUCGUUGAUCUAGGCUACAGUUGCUUAUACGGUAUCGUUGGAUGAAAUUAUUAGGUUAAGGGAAUAAUUUGUAAAUACAUGCAAAAAAUGAAAUCAAAACAACUAGUAUUGCUGCUGAUUGUUUAACCGGCAUGGAUGAUCAGAUACAGUGCGGUGUUAGGAAACUUAACUCAUUUAGUCGCUUGCUAACUCAGAUAAAACAAAAAGGAAAAGUAAAGAUUUAGAAGCACUCGACUUGUUCGUCAAUUUCUUAUCUCGACGACAAAGUCGAUGGAAUUUUAAUCUCUUCUUUGUUUCAUUUUUUUUUUUUUUGGUUUUCGA